AGUAAGUGUCAAAAUCUUAAGUCAAAAAAACGCUCAAAAACAUAACUCGUAUACCUAUUCGUUGUACAAUAAUCUAUUCGUCUAUCACUAUUAUUACUAUCAACCACCACCACCACCACCACCACCACCACCACUACUACUAGCACUACUACCAUCCAUAACUGCAUAAUAGUAAUCUUGUUUAAUUCCUACAAACGAUCGUCGUUAAUAUACAGAGGAACCUAUAACGUUGUCUCGUAGUAUUACUUUAUAUAAACAUACAUGUCACCAUGCCGCACCGUCAACUCAAUCCCGAGCGUCACCCUGUUUAGCAGCUAUUGUAAAUAGUCAUAAUCGUUCAAUAACCAAUAUUAUAUUAUUAUACUAAUAUAUUACCUGAUAAACCUUUAAAAAUAAUUAUGGAUAAGAACAACGGUGAAUUAGACUCUGUUGCCCGAGGUAAUCUUAGGCAGCCAACCAGAGUGUUUAAGAAGAGCUCACCAAAUGGUAAAAUUACUGUUUACUUGGGUAAAAGGGAUUUUGUCGAUCACAUCACCAACGUUGACCCUAUUGAUGGUGUAGUUUUGGUCGAUCCUGAAUACGUCAAAGGAAGAAAGGUAUUUGGACAUGUUUUAGCUGCUUUUCGAUAUGGUCGCGAAGACUUGGAUGUGCUGGGCUUGACUUUUCGAAAAGAUCUUUAUAUAGCAUCUGAACAAAUAUAUCCUGUUGGUAAUAUACGAACUCCGACUAGACUACAAGAACGUUUGAUCAAGAAACUUGGUCCAAAUGCUAUACCAUUUUAUUUUGAAUUGCCACCACAUUGUCCAGCAUCUGUUACACUGCAACCAGCUGCGGGUGAUACAGGAAAGCCGUGUGGAGUAGACUACGAGUUCAAAGCGUUUGUUGGCGAUACAGCUGAAGACAAACCUCACAAGAGAAAUUCAAUAAGGCUGGCUAUUAGAAAAAUUAUGUAUGCGCCCAAAAAAGAAGAAGUACAACCGUCAGUUGAAGUAUAUAAAGAAUUUGUUAUGAGCCCGAACAAGUUAUACUUAGAAGCAUCCUUAGACAAAGAGCUUUACUACCAUGGGGAAAGUAUAUCAGUAAAUGUCCAUAUAGCUAACAAUUCUAAUCGAACUGUGAAAAAAGUAAAAGUGUUUGUUAGACAAUUUGCUGAUAUAUGUCUGUUUUCCACUGCCCAAUAUAAAUGCACUGUUGCUGAAUUAGAGAGUGAAGACGGUUGCCCUGUGGGUCCUGGUUUCACUUUGUCUAAAGUGUAUACAGUAAAACCUACUUUGCACAACAACAAAGAUAAACGUGGCUUAGCUUUGGACGGACAGUUAAAGCAUGAAGAUACAAAUCUUGCUUCUUCAACAAUAGUGAGCAAUCCUUCACAAAAAGAAAAUUUAGGGAUUAUUGUUCAAUAUAAAGUGAAGGUAAAACUUUGCUUGGGCGCUUUAGCUGGAGAAUUGACAGCUGAACUACCAUUCAUUUUGAUGCACCCCAAGCCUGAUGAAGAUGUACUUCCAAUAGCAAAUAAUGUUGUUAACUCUAGUACAGCAGUUGAUGACAACGGUGUGCGUGUCGAUAAUUUGAUUGAAUUAGAUGAAGAAAGCCCUGCACCAUCUCAUGAUGAAGAUAUCAUUUUUGAAGAUUUUGCUCGUUUACGAUUAAAAGCUGGUAACGAUUAAUUUAAAUAACCAUGUCAAUCUGGAUGAAUUGAUGAAUUAAUUUAUUAUUCAGUCUAGAGUAUAGGUAAAUUAUACAUAAAUCUACUGGAUGUCUCUAUCAAAUUGAAUCACAGUACAUCUAUUCUAAUUGUAUAGACUUCAAUGGAAAUUAUGAAUAUUCCUAUAACUGAUAGAAAUUGAUUUCUAUGACUAUUGAUAAAAGAUACAAUGCAGUUAUAAGAAAUUUUUAAUUUUUUGUCGGAACUUUAUGCGCAAUACUGUUAACAUUGAUCUAACCAUUUAUAGCCCAAGGAUAGGGCUAAAAUGUAUCAUUUAAUUCAAUUUUUAAUUUAUUAUAUUUGUUAUCAUCAAGUAUUCAAUACAUCAUCUAUUAGACUUUUAAUAUUAUUUUUGUAGCUUAAUUAUUACCAAAUUAUACAAAAAAUUACUACUAAUUUAAUGUUAUAUUUCUGUAAUUUUUAUUAAAACCAAAUAAAAAUAUUUAUUUACCUAAUAAUUAUUGUGUUAGUAUUUAAUUUAUUAAUAAAUUGUUUAGGUAUAAUGAUAAACUAAAAUUUAGGAAAUUUUUCGUUUUUAAUGAUCUAUAAUUUAUUGAGUAGAUACUUUAUAAAAAACCUGUUAUAUAAUACUAUUAGGGUUUAAAAAAAUAAAUUGAUUGAAAAUUUGAACAAUAUUCUUUUACUUAUUAUUAUUAAUACUUUUUUACAAUUAAAUGUAUUAGUGUGCAUUUAAAGCUUAUUUAAUAUGUUUACACAAGUAGUUUUAACAUUCCUCCAAUUGUUAAACAUCUAAUCAUUCAUAUUUUAAUUCAUUGUUUAGUGUAUUAUUUUAAAAGAUCUAUAGUAUAAAAUAUAUACUUUAUUAUUCAAAAAGGUAAAAUGUUUAUUUCAAUAUCCAAGCCUAAAAAUUGAGUAAGUUCCUACCUAAAAUUUAUUUUCUAGGUAGUAUAAUAUAUAAUUAAUACCUAAUAAUACUCGAGUGCAAUGCACCAGCAUUUUUAUUUGUGCCAAAGUGAUUUUACUUUUGUGUUUUAUGAUAAUAAUAAUUUUGUUAAUUUUUGUGAAUUAUUUUUAUUUAUUUAGUUUUAAUGGCCAGUACAUAUUUGUAAUUAAUAUAUAUAAAUUAUUUAUUCCACGGCAUAAGCAUAAGCCUACCAGCAUGUAGUAUUGAAGAUUCUUUAGGUUACCAAACAUGUAAGCAAUUUAUAUUUUUUCAAUUAUGUUUUGACAAUCGAAUUAGGUAUAAGAUUUUGAAUAUAUUAAGUUAAACCAUUGUUAAAUAAUUUAUGUAAUUGAAUAAUGUGUAAUAAUUAAUAGGCAAAUUAUCUGUGUGUAUUGUGAUUUAUGUAUUGGAAGUAAUCUUAAGAUAAACUUAGUUAGUUGAACAUAACCAGAAAUAUUCUAUGAUCUAAACUUUUAUUGACAGGGUUUUUUUUUAAUUAAUUUUUUUUUUUUAUACUGUCACUACUAAUGAUUGGAUUGUAAACAUUUUGGUACUGUUUAAUAUAAAUUAUAAUCAUAUUCAAUGUAAAAUUGAUGCAUGGAUCUUAAACUCUUAAAUUGACAAUGAUUAUGACAUUGUUGCUGGUUGCUAUUAUUUUUUUUUUUUUGUGUAAAUGUGUGUCUGUCUAAUUAUUUUAUUUGUUAAAAUGUUGAUUUCUGUUGAACAAAAACAAUAAUCUUGGUAAAUACUAUCUGUAUUAUGUUAAAAUCAAUUUAUAAAGCACAAAUAUUAUUAUUGUAGACUUAUUUAAAUUACAUCAGUAUUUAUACAUUUUA